AUGGUGAAGGACCUGAAGAAUAAACACAAGUUAGAUAUGGUGGGGUUAAUUGAGACUAAAAAACAGAUAGUGACGAGGUUUGAAGUUGCAAGAAUAUGGGGGCAAGAUGGUUUUGGUUGGAAAUAUGUACCUUCUGAUAGUGCCUCUGGUGGUUUGUUGCUUAUUUGGAAUGAUCUAGUGUUCAAAAUGAAUAACUGCUAUAAGGGGGAGAGAUGGUUGUGUGUUGAAGGGGAGGAGCUGAGUUACAUAGCUGACUUAUGUCAAGUUCCUUGCUGCUUUCUUGGAGACUUCAAUGAAAUAGUUCAGGAGGAGGAAAGAAAAUGUGCUACUAGUUUAACUCGAUCUGCGGAAGACUUCAAGAAUUGGAUACAAGAUAUGAACCUAGUGGAUAUGCCGCUGACUGACCGUAAGUUUACAUGGUUCCGAGGACGUUUUUGCAGUCGUAUAGAUAGAGUUCUGCUUAGCUUGGAGUGGUUAGAAGAGUUCCCUGAGUCUCGACUCCGCGGUGGGCCAAGGGGCUUAUCAGACCAUUGCCCUAUAAUAGUGGAGGACAGGAAGUUGUCAGUUGGUCCAAGGCCGUUUAGAAGCCUUGACUCGUGGUUCACACAUAAGGGAUUUUUCAGAAUGGUAAAGGAGGAAUGGCGUGGCCUGGGGGACAAACCGUUCACUGAUAAAUUGAGGGCCUUGCAAGUUCCGUUGGGGAGAUGGCAUAAGGACAAUUUUGGUGAGAUGGACAAGAAGAUUGCAAAGUUUGAGGAAGAAAUCAAGCGAAUUGAUGAUAAGGUCAGUAAUGGAGAGUAUGAUGAAACGAUGAAAGCUAGAAGGAAGGCGCUGGUGACUUGCUGUGAGAGAUGGUAUGUACGAAAAGAAGUACAUUGGAAACAGAUGUCUCGGUCUAGGCAUGCAAAGGAUAUAGACAAAAAUACAAGGUACUUCCACAAUAUAGCAUCAGCAAGAAGGUGGAAUAAUAGGAUUUGUGCACUGGUGAUUAAUGGCAGACGAGUCCGAAAUUUAGCUAGAAUAAAAAUUACUAUUAGGGAGUUCUACAAAGAGCUAUAUCAUCAAGAAGGUUCUCCUAUGGUGGGUUUCAGAGAUGGUCUGGUGGAGAAGAUAGAUGAGCAAGCCACUGUGACUUUAGAAGAGUUACCAUCGGUUGAGGAGAUCCGAGAGGCUGUGUGGGACUGCGAAUCAUCUAAGGCACCAGGAUGCGACAGAUAUAACAUGAAUUUCAUCAAGAGAUGUUGGGGGUGA